AUGGUGUUUUGUUUUUUUUUAAAACGACGAAUGAAUGUAUGGAAACGAACCCUCAUACAGUAAAUGCAGCGCGUACCAGAGAACGGAGGAAUCCCGGAGACCCGAAGGAAACUCUCCAUAUAUGGGCAUGUACGUCACACGCGGGCUAUCAGUGGAGCGUACCAUUUUACACAAUGAGGGGUACUGCUUUUUAUAGAAGUAGGGUUUAAAAGCUAAGACUUUCUCCUAAAGUUAGACAAUAUUGAUGGAAUGAAAUUAUGACUAUCCUAUAAUUUUUAAUUAAUAAAAGUCGUAUUCAGGCGAGUUUUUUUUUCUUUUAAAGGCGUGUUUUGAUGCGCGCCUCCCCCUCCCUGAUGUCGUGUUUCAAUCGUCCUACACACUUCUCCAUUCAUAAAAAAGAGCCGGCUUGCGAAGUGACUCAGACGUCGUCGGUGACAUCAGUGAAUACAUCGAAAAAAGGGAAAAACUUUUUCAAGAAAGAAGAGCGUUAUAUAUAUUUCGGAGUGGAAAAGUUUUAAAAAUACAGUUUUCGGGUGGGUGAAAAACUACGCCAAAGAGAAGGUUUACCUGUGAGAAUAUGUUUCGCGGUUAUAGCGGGCACUACGGCGGCGGUAGCGGUUCUGAAUACGCCGGUGCUGGAGAGAGGAGCGACGAGAGCGGCGCUGGGAGUCUGAACGUUUCAACCACGACGUCACAGCAGCAACAGCAACAACAGAAGUUCGGUCUUGAAGCGCGGUCUGGCGCUGGUCAGUUUGUCCCCAGUCUGAAUGCAAUCGCCAGCAGCCAGGAGCUGCAGUGGAUGGUACAGCCCGCUGGAUUCAGCACCACUGUGUCCGGACAGCUCCCGCGCUCCCUGCCCUUCUCCCCCCUCGCCCACUCCUCCGCCCCCCGCCUUCAAGCCGCUCAUCCCCAGCCCCGGUUCCCCGGCUCGGGCCGGCAGGGAGUGAUCCGGACCACGGGGUUCACUGGACGCAAGAGGCACGACGACCACCUGUGCCCAGAGGAGGCGGAGAGGCGGCGGGUGAGGAGAGAACGGAACAAGCUGGCGGCGGCCAAGUGUCGAAACCGGCGACGGGAGCUCACCGACACCCUGCAGACCGAGACCGAGAAGCUGGAAAGCGACAAAGCCUCCCUGCAGAAGGAGGUCUCCGAGCUGGAGAAGGAGAAGGAGAAGCUGGAGCUGGUGCUGCAGGCUCACCGGCCCAUCUGCAAGAUCCCCGAGUCGAGGACGGACUCCGAGCGGAACCCCGAACCCUGGGGAGCGGACAGGACAGAGCCGGCUGACCUCUCCAUCGCCCGCAGGGACCGGACAGCAGCAGCUCGGAAAAAAACGCCCCUCCCUUUCUCUCGACUGCCCCCCUCGAUCGAGGAGCCCGACGCCCUCCACACCCCCACUCUGAUCACCACCCCCUCCCUCACCCCCUUCACCGCCAGCCUGGUGUUCACCUACCCCAGCGCCCCCCUGGACGCCCUCCCCUCCUCCUCCUCCUCGUCCUCCGCCCCGCCCCCCCUCGGAGAGGCCUGUGCUGUGGCUCACCGGCGCAGCAGCAGCAGCAGCAGUGGAGACCAGGCCUCCGAUUCACUCAGCUCUCCCACACUGCUGGCUCUCUGAGCCCCGCCCCCGAGGGGAGGAGCCUGCGAGUGUGGGAGGCAGCGUCAUAGAUGACCAACCCAAAGUGACCCAGAGAUAGAGAGAAUGAGUGGACCAAUGGAUUAAUGGAUGGUUGAGAGUUGGAAAUGCAUUGAAUUCAAUGAAAUGUGCCUCCUAAUAUAUAUAU